AAUAGACAGAAUACUAAUAUAAUACUAACAAAAAAUAAUAUUUUUGGCCUUUAUUUCUUUUGAUUUUCCUAAUUUUCUGAUCGUUAUUUUCAUAAUGUGAUCAAAAAUUAGUAAUGUCGCCUUUGUCAGUUGUUGAAUCAGUAAAUUCCAAAAUUCUAAUCCUCUUCUUAGCUCAUAACCAUCUUGAUUAACAUCGCUCAAAUCUUUUGUCUUCAUCUCAUAUGAUAUGAAACUGAUAGUGAACUUAUACCACUUUCAAAAAUAACAGCUCAUAUCUAUUUAAAAAAUUAAAUUAAAUGUAUCCUCCUGAAUGUACAAGAAUAAAUUGAGACAUUUGGGAUAUGUAAUUCAUUUUAUAAAAUAAAAUGUAACUGGAAAAAUAUGAAGGUGAAACGAUGCAACUAAUUGUAAAAAAUCAAUCAAUUCAAAAAUCAACUAUCAGAAAUACAGGACUGUUAAAACUUUUAAAUGAAAAAUUUUGGAUAAAGAAAAUAAUAACAAAAAUUUAGACUGAUUAGACACCACAUAAUUGAUAGGAUAAGAACGAGGAUAGGCGAGUAAGUGUAUUUCAAAGGCAAAAAUAAUAUGGAGGGCGCAAAAGAAGAAUGGCGAAUCGAAAGCACUGGUUUGACAGGAAAUACGGAUUGCGUAUUCAAGGUCGGACCUGACGGAAAAGAAAAGGUAAAUUUUUAAAGACCAAAUUCUCGUGAAAUUGCAUAUAUUGAAUUUUUCUUAAAUUGGAAUUUAAUGAAACCAGGAGAAAAAGUCUAAUACUGGAAAGGUCGCUAUUUCGAUAUUCUUCUUAUCUUUCACAAAACUACAUUUAUUAUUAUUAUUAUCUUCUUUUUUUUUCAUCAAAACCACGUGUCAAUAGUUAAUUUUAAUGGAUCGAAAAUACUGAUAGAACGAAUUGAGGAUAAAAAUUGGAUGCACAGAACUUUAAAUAAAUUGUUUUAUAUUCGACAUCCCCUAAGUCAUCAUGUAGUUAUCACGGUUAUCAGUAUUUAAAAAUUACUUGUCCUUACCUGUUUCUUUGGAAUUUAAUUAUAUAUUUGUACAUAUUGAGUUUUACUUUCAACUUAGAAUAAGUAAUCUUUUUCUUGUAACUACCAUAGCAAUAUCGAGUAUCCUGUGGUACUGUGAAUUAGUCUCGUGACUGGGUGUAAUUUAUUAGUUUGUUGAAGUGGUCAAGGUCUUUGGGAACUAAUUCCCUAUCUACUGCGCAUUUUAUUCCCGCAUGUUAGCCACGUAUGAUGUAUUUAGCCCCAACGCCAAUGUUUCUCAAACCAUUCUCAACUUUGGCCACUACAGGCCAUCACCCUUUGUACAGUUGGGUGUGCAUAGAUUUAGCUAAUCUAUAGCAGAAGAAAUAGCUGGAGUUUCCUAUUCGUCAAAAGGAGAACCGCCAGGUCAUCGACAAAUCGUUGUGGACUGUAGUCAAAGCGGUUGAAAUUUAAUUUCUGUUUUAAGCCCCAUUGUUAACCCAUGUUUUACCCAUUGGUCUAUACCUGUGGUGGGACAGGAUGUGACCCCGAAAUGACUCUUUUUCGAUAUGAAAAUUGUUCAGAAUGUUUACGUUUUUCAGGAGUUUAAGCCUUAAGGCACACAAAUUGAUCUUGUCCACGUGCAGCCCAGUUUUCGAGACGAUGUUCUCAGGCCGGUUUGUUGAGAGCACUGAGGACAUCCGAGUCGUCGACGCACAACCAGACUCGUUCAAAGCAAUGCUGACGUACAUUUACACGGAUGAGGUAGAAAUGAAAUCAAUGGAUCAGGCUUGUGGAAUUUUCUAUCUGGCCGAAAAAUACAGAAUUAUGAAACUAUCGAAUCAGUGCAAAGCUUAUAUGCAACAGAACGUUCGCGCAGAAAAUGUUUGUAUGUGUUAUGAGCUCGCUAAACUCUUCAAUCUCAGCGAUAUAUUGGUGAAAUGUAAAAAUAUUAUUUGCGAACAAACGUCGUCGGUCCUACACUCACCCGGCUUUCUAGGGGCCCAGAUGUCCACUGUGAUGAUGAUUCUGGACGAAAAAGCGUUAAAUGCUACGGAGAUAGAGAUUUUUAACGCUGUGGAGCUUUGGACGAAGGAGGAAUUUAAAAGAAAGGGCAUAAACGGCGAUGAGUUCUCAGAAGAACGGCAAAUGAUUUAUGACAACAUAGUUCCAAAGAUUUGUUUCAAGGACAUGAACGCCGAACAUUUUGCCGAAGGACCUGCUCGCAGCCCUCUUUUGACGAAUGGCCAGUCGGUCGCGAUCCAUCAGCAUCUGACAUCGCCCAGGUCGAACCCACUCCCAACUGGGUUUUCCACCGAACACAGGAGAGACGUGAAAACAAACAAAUUAAUUUUACAAUUUCUGAUAUUGGUCUUUGGAAAAAUGAAGCCUCAAACUGAAAAUUAUGAAAAUUUUGUGACGUUUUCCUGCGAUUAGGAUAUCACGCUGGAGGGUGUCAUGGCGAACUAUCAUUCUGACUAUUCAAAAUAUUUUAUACGAGGCGCUGAAAUUGUAAAGAUUUAUGUAGAAGAUGACGCUCGAAACAUUUCAAUGCAAACGGUGUUCAACAACAGGCAGAGUGACUAUCGUUUUGCUUAUUUAUCUGAAGCAAUGGUCGUUGAUUGUCAUUAA